UGUUUUAGUCAUAUUGUAGAGCCCCUGGAGCCUAAGGAAGCCGGAAAGCUUUGGACAAAGCUGUAUAUUGACACCUUGGUGAGCGCUAUUUCCAGUUUAGUGUCCUGAUAAAAGAGUGGCAGGAUGAAACUGACCUCGGGGUGUUAUAGGCCUGUGGAGGAUCAAUAACUUCAAACUGGAGACCUAGUUAGCAGCAACAUUGAAACAGAGUUGGCCACAGAGCACAGUGGGGUUUUAGCAGUCUUCAAGGGACAGCCAAUGAGUCCUGAUGUUGCUGCAGCUGGAUCAUCUUUUUUGUAAGGUCUUUAUGAUCAAAUACACAAAGCAAGGGCUCUAGAAGACUGCUACUCAUAAUGUGAGAGAAGAUGGGGGACUGGAACUUGUUGGGUAGCAUCUUAGAAGAGGUCCACAUUCAUUCGACCAUUGUGGGGAAAAUCUGGCUCACCAUCCUCUUUAUCUUCCGGAUGCUUGUACUCGGCGUUGCAGCAGAGGAUGUUUGGGACGAUGAGCAAAGCGAGUUUGUCUGCAACACAGAGCAGCCAGGCUGCAAGACUGUCUGCUAUGACCAGGCUUUCCCUAUCUCCCUCAUACGCUACUGGGUUCUGCAGAUCAUCUUUGUGUCCUCUCCCUCACUGGUCUACAUGGGCCAUGCUCUGUAUCGCCUGAGAACUCUUGAAAAAGAGAGGCACAGAAAGAAGGCCUGCCUGAAGGCAGAGCUGGAGGGGGCAGAUACUGACCAGGAGGACCACAAGAGAAUCGAGCGGGAGCUCAGGAAGUUAGACGAACAGAAGAAAGUCAGGAAAGCUCCGCUCAGAGGGUCACUGUUGCGCACAUAUGUUUUUCAUAUCCUGACCAGGUCUGUGGUGGAGGUGGGUUUCAUCAUUGGUCAGUGUGCUCUUUUUGGCAUUGGACUGUCUCCUCUGUACAAGUGUGAGAGGUUGCCAUGCCCCAACAGUGUUGACUGUUUUGUGUCAAGGCCUACAGAGAAAAAUAUUUUCAUGGUGUUCAUGCUUGUCAUUGCUGGAGUGUCUUUGUUCCUCAACCUUUUGGAGAUUUUCCAUCUGGGUGUGAAGAAGAUCAAGCAAAUCCUUUAUGGAUACAAAUAUGGAGAUGAUGACAGUGUCUGCAGGUCAAAGAAAAAUUCUAUAGUGCAGCAGAUUUGUGUUCUCACAAACUCCUCACCACAAAGGCUGAUCCAGCUGACUCAGGUGUCCAGUCCUGUUUCAUCAGAUCUUUACAAGGAUGCUCAAAGAGAUGUGCUGCCUUGUAACUUGGUUCCAGCAGGUUUCCAGAAUACAGAAGGCAUGGACAUCUCACAGCAGCAUCCUGCACAGACGUUCCGGCCGAGCCAAGGUGACAUCCAGCAUUUGAGGCAACUGGGGGCUGUGGAGCGGCGACACACUCUGGAUAACAGAAAACCAUCCUUCAGCAGCGAUGAGUCAAAUGGACCUCAUUGCUCGGGCAAAACUCAUUAUCCAGGCCCGCGAGCAACGCUGGUGGCUAGCCACAUUGAGAUUCCUGCUGCCCUGAAGAUCCCCCAGAGGAAGCAGAGUAAAGUCAGUGUCUGCAAGGAACUCAGUGACAUGAGUGAUUCUCCAGAGAGCGACCACUAUCCCACAGCCAGGAAGUGCAGCUUUAUGUCCCGAGGACUGUCAGAGGCCAAGCUCGCCAGUCCGUCUGACAGCAACGCCUCUCAGAGUGGAUCAGAUACCGAGGCCCAGCACUUCAACCAGGGGGAAAGCCCAGUGAUGACCCCACCGCCCCCCGCCUCUGGGAGGAGGAUGUCCAUGAGCAUGAUUCUGGAGUUGUCUUCAAUCAUGAAGAAGUGAACCAGAAACAUCCAUGUUGGCGUGAGGCCAGAGGCACUGAGGACUUCUGUAGACAUCACAUCAUGUUUCACCUCAUUUCUAGUUUCUGUGUAACUUUCACCAUCUGAUGGUAUUCACUCAUACACUUAGACUUUCUGUGUUUAGGUUUGUGGAUCAAAUCAUCCAUUCCAUAAAGUGAGUCUCAAAAUCUUAUAUAGCAAAGAUAUUGGAUUACAGGAUGUAACUAAGG